AUGGAGAGACGAUCGAUGAUACGUCCACACCGCCUCUUUCUGUCGCUGAUCACAUGGCUGGGAAUUUUGUCGAUCGCGGCCUGCCAAAACUUCUGUCCGGCCAGGUGUUUGUGUCACUUCAAUGAAAUCGACAAACUGGUCGCAUGCUCGAAACAAGGAUUACAGACAUUCCCCGAAAAUAUCAGCAACCUCGUGGAAAAGUUGGACUUGUCGAGCAAUCUUUUAAGCGAGGUCAGCGAGGAUGUGAACCGACUGACCGAGCUGCUGUCUCUGAACCUGGCGAGAAAUCGGCUCACCUCCCUGCCAAGUAAUCUCGGACAACUGAAAAAGCUUAUGAUGCUAAAUCUAUCGGAGAACCAAAUCGCGUCCAUAAUAGAUAUCGCUUCCACCAGCCAACUAUCAUCUCUGGCGUAUCUAUACAUUUCAAGGAAUCCAUUACCUACCCUGGAAGGAUUAACCAGCGUGCUUAAGGUGAUGGACGCAAGCCACUGCCUUAUCAAAGAGCUGGGCAACACGACCUUGAACGGCCUGUCAAAUCUGACCAGUUUGAACCUAGCGGGGAAUCCGUUGGAGAGCGUCAGAAAACCCGUCAGCGCGAAGCUGAGAUCAUUGGACAUGUCUGAUUGCAACUUGAAUAUUCUGGAACCGGACACUUUCACCAGACUCCCGGGAUUGGAAGAGCUACGACUGGUUAAUAAUCCUAAAUUGGUGUAUUGCACUCGGUACGCCACCAUACAGCACCCGAGGUUGAAGAGACUCGACGUGUCGAGAUGUAGGCUCGACAGGCCCGGUCUUCAUGGUUUCCCGUCGUUAACGUUCGCCCGUCUCUCCCAUAAUGCAAUUAACAUGCUGCCAAAUCGCAUUUUCGCCAAGAACAAGCAACUUACGCAGUUGUACAUGGACGUGAACCACUUGCACAGUAUAAACGCCAGCACUUUCGAGGGUUUGACGAAGCUUCAGAUGCUCGAUCUCUCCAUGAACAACAUCAAUUAUGUUCAUGAAUUUGCAUUGCGCGAGAGUAUAAGCCUCAGAGUCUUGAAUCUUUCCUACAACGAACUACAGACAUUACCUAGGCUAACGACGACCGUUAUGUCGUUGGAUGUGUCUUCCAAUAAGAUUAGCAAACUCAAGGCGAACUCACUGGAGAAUAUGCCCGCGAUCAGAAACUUGUAUUUGAAGAAUAACGAACUGCAAGUGCUACCGCGCCAUUUAAAAGCGACGACGUUGAGAAUACUGGACCUGGAGAGGAACAGGCUCGUCGGGUUGUACAAUGAAAGUUUCGCCGAUUUGCGAUCAUUACAACAGAUUGACUUGUCAGGGAACCGUUUGACGGAAGCAAUAAAUCCCGACAUAUUCGUAAACAAUUCACUGUUGUCCGCGAUCGGCUUAGAGGAUAAUCCAUGGCGAUGCGACUGUACACCGCUCUACAUCACCUAUCAGUUCUUGACGGAUCCUCCUGCGAAAACGGCGAAAUCUACUCUGCUUUGCCAGAGCCCGGCGAACGUGUCCGGCUUUUCGUGGGAAGCCGCGUGUUUCGACGUUUGGAAUCGCUAUUCCCUUCCCAGUUCGCAUAAAGCUGCUUGGGGAGUGGUGCUGGUCGGCGUACUUAUUUCGUUUAUUCUAUUUGGCAGUUUGAUGUCGAUCAGAUACACCAUACGGAUGAGGAGGAGGGCCGACGAGCAUCUGCGGAAUCUCGAAAGAAUGGAAGUCAUAGAAAGAUUGCAAAUUAUACAAGCAAGGCAUCACCGCGCGAACGAGGAGCAGCAGGAGCGCUUGGAGCGUCUGGAGCGGUCCGAACGCGCGGAACGUCCGGCCGAGCCGAGGAUUCAUCCUCUGGAAUUAAUCGGCCCGCCUACGUACGAAGAGGCGGUCCACAUGCCCCGGAUGGUGCACUCGAUGGACGCGCUGAACGAGAUCGUCGUCGAGACCGGCAACGUGAACGUCAUCAUGGGCUCCGUGGAUAAUCUACGGAUGAAAAAGAGGAGAACGCGUCGGGCCCGUAAACGCACCCAGAGCGAGGACGACCUGCUCAGAAGGGAGGAACGUCGGCAAGUGCGGCUGCGGAGGGAGAGGAACUCCAUCGGCAACAUCCUCGACGUCGAGCAGCCGCGGGACAACGCGAAUCCCAGGAACCCGAGGACCAGCACGGCGCGCAGGUCCAGGAGGUACAGCGUCGCGGACGAGUCGAUCGAGUCCAGCGGCAGCAGGGACAGGCCGCAGACGCCGAACGCGAGGAGGAGGAAGAGGAAACAGGUGGUCAGGCGCGAGCACGUGACCGACGACGAGGACUCCGACGCGCCGACCUUCGGCUCCGUCCGAUCCGUCGUCAUCAGGCAGCUCAAGGAGGAGCCCAGAAGCGGCUACAGGGAAUGAGUCACUCGCGGGAUCGCGAAUCUUUUCUCACCCGAACCGUCCCUCGAGGGUGCGCAUUCCGAGAUUACUUCGAAUAAAAAUGCAGAGGGGGAAGGGGGAACCGCCGAUUUCUUCGCUUCUCACCGCACCUGUCAACCGACCCGCAUUCCGUGUCUCGCCCGAUUACGAGCUAUUUUCCCUCUUUCCGGGGACUUCUUGCGAACCAACCAUCGAUCACACCUGACGCUGAAUCAACGGUGCGAACGUGGGAUCGGCGAUGUACGCGUGCAGUUGCACGCGAUAGCGUCGUAACACCUCGCUCUCACCUCUCCGGACGAACCGCUUUUCUUUCCCUGCGUACGCAUUUAUCGUCGCCCGCGAGAGGGUUAACGAUCGGGCAAAUGACGAAUGAAACAGGCCGAUAGCGCGAGAUUCGCUCCGAAAGGGGCAGGUACGACCGCCUUUCUAGAAUCUUCCCCCCUCCUCCUCCUCCUCCUAUCCUAACUGUAAUAACGUGAAAUUAGCGGUUGUCGCGAG